CUGAAGCUUACUCUUUAAAAGGAGCAGUGCUGUGAAAGCUGUUACACACCAGAGAAAUGGACAUGUUGCAGAUACUGCGUAAAACCACAGAGCGCUUAGAAUGUGAUCACUGCAGCUUCAGAGGAACAGACUAUGAAAACAUACAGAUCCAUAUGGGCACCAUACACCCAGAGUAUUGUGAUGAAAUGGAUGCUGCUGGUUUAGGUAAACUCAUAUUUUAUCAAAAAAGCGCAAAAUUGUUUCACUGCCACAAAUGUUUCUUCACCAGCAAGAUGUAUUGCAAUGUAUAUUAUCACAUCACAGCACAACAUGCGGCACCUGAAAAAUGGAAUGAGGAGCAGAAGGAACAGGUAGAAAGAGAGUCAGAUUCCUCAAAAAAAACUGUUGGUUUCGAGCCACAGAAACCUACCCUUUCCCCUGAAUCACACAAGCCUGCCCUUUCUACUGAGCUCCCCAAAUCUGAACCUGUUGUUUCUCCCAAACUGCAAAAAUCAUCCGUCUCCCCAGAGCCACAGAAGUCAACCCAGAGCAUGUGCUCAGACCCAGAAAAGUCAGCCCAGGCCGUGUCCCCAGACCCUGAAAAGUCAGCCCGGGCCAUGUCUCCAGAUGCAGAGAAUUUACUCUCUGCUGUGUCCCCAGACUCGGAAAACUCCGCCCAGGCUGUGUCCUCAGACUCGCAGAAGUCCUCCCCUGCAGCGUCCCCAGACCCGCAGAAGCCAUCCCCGGCCGUGUCCCCGGAGCCGGCAGGGGCGCAGGCCACCUCCCGCCGCCUCUCCCGAGCCCCGCAGGCCGCCUCCCGCUGCUUCGCCAGAACCCUGGGGACCCGCUCCCCCGCCGUCCCCCGACCUGCCAUGUCCAUGGAAGCCCGCAGGUCUGCUGCAGAGCCCCGAAGGCCUGGCCCCGUUGUGUCACCAGAGCCCAGGAGGCUUGUUUCUGACUCGUGGAAAUCCACUUCCUUUUCUGAAUCCCAGAAGUCUACCCUCAUUUCUACUGAGCCAUGGAAGCCCAUCUCAUCUGUGUACCCUGAAGGCUGGAAACCUGUGCUUUCCCCUGAUACGUGGAAGCAUUCAACCCCUGUUUCUCCUGAACUUCGGAAAUCUAGUCAUACUGUUUCCUCUGACACUUGGAAGUCUUCUUUCUUUCCCGAGGUCCGUAAACCUGCUGCUUCAGUAUCUCCUGAAUCCUGGAAACUCUCAGAGUCCCGGAAAUCUAUGUUUUUUUCUGAAACUCAAAAAGCCACCUCUGCUGCUUCUUCUGAGGUUCAGAAACGGGGCCAUUUCCCAGAACCUCGGAAAAGAGCUCUGUUUCCAGAGUCACGUAAAUCUACCGUUGCUGCUGAUGCCCAAAAACGUGCCGUGUUUCCUGAGCCCCAGAACCAGGUGUCUGCUUCUGCUCUUUCUACUGAAGCCCCAAAACACGCCCAAUUUCCUGAAUCCCAAAAGUCAGCUCCUGUUUCUCCUGAAGCCCAGAAGCAUGCCCUGUUUUCUGAAGCCCAAAAACGUGCACCCGUUUCCCCUGAAGUUCAGGAACAUAGUUCCUUUUCAGAAUCUCAGAAAUCUGCCUCUCCUGAGAUCCAGAAACAUGCCCUCUUCUCUGAGUCCCCAAAACUGGCUCCUUCUGUAUCUUCUGAGACCCCCAAGCAAGCUCUUUAUACUGACUCUCAGAAAUCUACCAUUUCUCCUGAUGCUCAGAAACAUGCAGUAUUUUCUGAGAUGCAGAAAUCUGCUGCUUCCUUAUCCUCUGAUGUCCAGAGACAUACUGAACCUACUGUACCUGCUGAAAUCCAGAAAAGCUUCCUGUUUUCUGAGUCUCACAAAUCUGUUCCAGGUUUUUCCUCUGAGCCCCAGACGCCAAGUGAGUCUGGUGAAAGUGACUUCCUUUCUCAGAGUUUAGAUGAUCAAAAACCACUCGAUGAUUUAUUUUCACCAGAGGAACAAUCAAUAUUAGCCAAAGAAUCACCAGAAGACAUGUUAUAUUCACGGCCCAAAAAGAAGCCCAAGAAGGAAAACCCGGAAAACUCAGAUUCUGAGCUAAACAGCAGUGAAUGUGGAAAAAUAGAAAUGGACUCAAUGGAGAUGAAGGAGCAAGAAUCCAACAGUGACCAAGAGCAAUAUGAUAUGGAGUCAUCUGAUUACUGCAAAGAGAGUAAAAUGGAUGCAGCUACUCCCAUGCCGCCACAGUGUGUGCUGCAGUUCACUGAAGAGAAGGAGGCUUUCAUCUCAGAGGAAGAAAUAGCAAAAUACAUGAAGCGUGGCAAAGGAAAGUAUUAUUGCAAAAUUUGUUGCUGUCGUGCGAUGAAAAAAGGUGCUGUCUUGCAUCAUUUAGUUAAUAAACAUAAUGUUCAAAGCCCGUACAAAUGCAAAAUCUGUGGCAAAGCUUUUCUCUUGGAGUCGCUUCUUAAAAACCAUGUUGCUGCUCAUGGUCAAAGUUUGUUGAAGUGUCCACGUUGUAAUUUUGAAUCAAAUUUUCCACGAGGCUUUAAGAAACAUUUAACCCAUUGCCAAAGCCGUCAUAAUGAUGAUACAGCUAAAAAACAUUUGGACAGUCUUGAACCACUUGAAGAACAAAUUUAAUGAGUUUUUCUCUUAUGCUAGAAAAUCUUAAUUUACAGAAGUGUUCAAAAGUGUUACUGUAUGUUAACCAAGUAGUUUAGCUGAUCUGACAAGUCAGAAGAUGCAUGGUUUAUUGUACUAUGUUUAACUUGUCUUAUAGCUGUAUUACUGCAAUGAUUUACUUUUCAAAAGUAAUUUUAACCACACAUUCAUGUCUCUGUAUUACCCAUCAGUAAAGUCAUAUUUUAUUUUUCAGAUGUACUAUGUUUCUGAAACCAAAAUGGAUAAAAAUUAGUUUUGUAAAGAUUUGUAAAACAUGCAGGCAAUUAAGGACCAGAGUGGCAAGCUAUCCGUAUAUUCCUGUGAAGACUGAACUUGUUUUAUUGAAAGUCUUAUUUUUCAAAAUGUUUUUAUCAAACUCUCAAAGUUGAAAUUCUCGUAAAUUGAAUGCGAAU